GAGUCGACUGAUGACAAAGAACGAUGCGAUCCUGAAGACAAUGAUGCAGCAGUCACUUUUACAGAUGAAGACCUGAUGUUGGGCUCAAAACCCCAUAAUAGGCCUUUAUUCGUAACUGGUUACACUCGCGAGAAAAAGGUGAAUCGCAUAUUGAUAGAUGGAGGUUCUACUGUGAACAUUUUGUCUCUGCGUACUCUAAAAGAGCUGGAGGUCCCGACAGAUGAACUCUCAAAUAGUCGGUUGAUGAUUCAAGGCUUUAACCAAGGGGGGCAACGAGCUCUAGGCAUAAUUAUAUUGAA